ACGUAUAUAAGUCUCACUUAACCCGCCUUUACAGCUGGCAGGAUCACAGAGACCAUCUGUCACUAUUCCAGUUCUGUUCUCAUCGAACAGUACUUGCAGACACCUUGCUGUGUUUGGCGUUGACCGGCUGUGAGCCGGGGAAAAAGAAGGGGAAACCGUCCAACAUUGCUGUCGUAAAAGUCGAGUCCAGUGCUACACCAUCACUAUUGGUCCGCCGUUCUCUGCUUUCCCAGACACUCAAAGAUCUCAUAUUAAAGAUGCCAUCCUACCUACGAGCCCCCACCCGGUCUUUCUCGUUUCCACCAUGCAUCAACAGUGUGGAGGUGGAGUCUUCAUAUGACCCUGGGCUUCCAGACAUCGAUGAAGAGCCUUUUGCGCACUUCCUUACACCCCUGAGUGAGGAAGAUGACCCAUACGAUCCCAUGUCGCUGAGUGCAGGCAUUGUCGACGGCCCACGCACCAGCAAGGCAUCGAAGUUCAGGUCCAACGUGUCGAGCAAGUGGGCGCGCUACGUCAAGCAGAACCAUACACAACUUCACACACGAUACCAUGUUCCAGCGAUACCCGAGGAGGACGAGGAGUCCUUCAUGGGUCUCGAUGACGACCGUCUGAACUACACGCCACAAACAAUCGCACAUACAUCACCACGGAUCACUGUCACGGAGCCAACACGCGGUCGUGCUCAAGAGCUUGUACAACGCAAGGAGCGUAAUCGCCGACAAAGAUCAUCACGCACGCUUUCCGGCCACCGCCACUCCUGGCGCGAGCCAAGUCCGGAGCUCUUCACUGUAGAUGAGUCAGAAGAAGACGAGGUGGUCGUUCGACGCGCAAAGACGCGCAAGGCCAAGGAUGGCGCAGAACGCCGGAGGUCAUCGACUCGGUCGAAGUCAAGAGCAAGAGCCGAUGUGACAGAACGAGCAAGGUUGUAGGAGGAGUAUCGCGCAUCUGCAUUAGGGGGUGUUGCUGGCGUUUUUUGUUUCAUAUUGGUGCAUUUACAGGCGUUUAGUGGUUUCGAUCGCAUCGCAUACUUAGCAUUAGCCAGCGUUUUCGUAACAUUUGGGCUUGCUGCACAGCAUAGCCAGACUUGCAUAGAACGGCGUUGAGGCAUGAGCAUUUACACGCGACCGCAUCAGAUUAAGCGAUGGGAUGAGGUAUGAGGAAAUGUCAAAAUCAUGAUGAUCAUGACUUGAAACUUUUCUGUUGCUGUGACUUCUCACCCGAACAUUUGCGCGAGUCAGUCCUACACUGACCCCCACACUUGCAUUCGCCAGCUAUGCACAUCAUACUUAGCGCAAAGUAUGUGACCUCACCCCGCAUCCCUC